CCGCGGGACCGCGGCCGCUGGACGGAUACCUUGGCGUGGUGGACCACAAGCCACUGAAAAUGCACUGCAGGGACUGCGCCCUGGUGACGAGCUCCGGGCACCUGCUGCGCAGCCGGCAAGGCCCCCAGAUUGACCAGACCGAGUGCGUCAUCCGCAUGAAUGACGCCCCGACGCGCGGCUAUGGGCGCGACGUGGGCAACCGCACCAGCCUGAGGGUCAUCGCGCAUUCGAGCAUCCAGAGGAUCCUCCGCAACCGGCACGACCUGCUCAACGUCAGCCAGGGCACCGUGUUCAUCUUCUGGGGCCCCAGCAGCUACAUGCGGCGCGACGGCAAGGGCCAGGUGUACAACAACCUGCAGCUCCUGAGCCAGGUGCUGCCCCGGCUGAAGGCCUUCAUGAUCACGCGCCACAAGAUGCUGCAGUUCGACGAGCUCUUCAAGCGCGAGACCGGCAAAGACAGAAAGAUCUCCAACACUUGGCUCAGCACCGGCUGGUUCACAAUGACGAUUGCCCUGGAGCUCUGUGACAGGAUCAAUGUUUACGGCAUGGUGCCCCCAGACUUCUGCAGGGAUCCCAGUCACCCUUCAGUUCCGUAUCAUUAUUACGAGCCUUUUGGACCUGAUGAAUGUACAAUGUACCUCUCCCAUGAGCGAGGGCGGAAGGGCAGUCAUCACCGAUUUAUCACAGAGAAACGAGUCUUUAAGAACUGGGCACGGACAUUCAACAUUCACUUCUUUCAACCAGACUGGAAACCAGAAUCACUGGCUAUAAAUCAUCCUGAGAAUAAACCUGUAUUCUGAGGAAUGUGUGUGGCCAGACCACAAUCCCAAGUACCCACUGUACUCAGACAUCCGGCCACUGAACUUCCUGAACCAGACGCGAAAGAGGAACAGAAAUGGUGGCAGGGACAGUGUCACUCCUCAGGAAGUACCAUGUUCAGACGCCUGUGAGGUGUGACUGCAAAUCAGUGCAGCUGGCUCGUGAGGGAAAAUUCCAGAAUCAGGACAUCUCAAGGAGUGUUAUCCCUUUCAAAGGGGGUUAGCUUAGGGGCUGAACACUCCUGUCAGUGAUGCUGCCAUGUCUAAAACACUUGGGAUCUCUUUAAGUAUUGCCUUCGGAACUGAAACGUGCAACUCAGCAGUAUUAGUUGCAUUCCUUUAUAGAAAUGCCACGUCAAAAGGCAUUUUUCUAUCACGUUGUAUCCUAAUCCAAACUAUAACCUUCAUCAUCUGUCGGACUCUGUAUGUGUGAUUUGUAAAACGCAGCCUGGAAGUAUGGACGUGAUGUCUGAAGAGUGCAUCUUCCCUGACUUUCGUAAAGCAAAUGCCCAAUAUUUAUUUAUCGAGAGUUUUUUAGUGUGCUCUAGGCCAGUAUUUUUAUAGAUUAUCACUGUGUGGUAAUUUAUCCUUCCUAACUCUUUAAUCCAGAAUGAUGGUUGGCAAAGGCCUGGGACUGGUAGAUGAGUUGCCGCAUUCACGGUGCUCAUUGUUGGCAUGCAAUGGUAUUUGACUUGGAAAUGUUGCAUUGCAUUCUUUGAACCCUCAGGCUUCAAGAACAGCUAUGCCAUUUUCCAACGUGCAGAAAUGCUCCAAAUGACAAAACUGAAAACCAAAAAAUGUGUCACUUGAACAAAAAAAGAUACCACCAAGAGAAACUUAAAGGUAGUUUCUUUAGUAAUGAUUGAUGUCGGUCACUUCACUUAGGCCCCAGUUUCCCCUUUCACAGAGUGAUGUCCCAGUACCGGAGGACCUCUUAAGUUUCAUUUCAAAUCUGAAAUCCUAUCAAUGAGCCUCUUGUUGACCCAGGUAAGGACUUCACCCUUGGAAUGAUGGGGCUCCCACGGCAGCAGGAGCCUUAUUUUAGGGGGCCUUUUAUACCCCCUACUACCUAUCUCCCUCUUGCAGUUAAAAACAUACCUCCUCCCUGGUCCCCCUUGGUGAAAAUCCAUUUCCUGCUUCUCUGGUGCUUCAUGCAUCAAAGAGGAAAGAGAGAGAGAACUUUCAUGCUAUUCCCUGGCUACGAGAGCAAGGAACUGCCCUUCUGUGAGUCUGUGAGAAGAGGAUACAAGGAGAUGCCUCAUCAUGUGACUCACUGACCCUAUGAACUAUCCCGAUUCACUCACUGCAAAUCUGACAUUAUAUUCACUGCCGUUUCCUGGUCUGCAGGAGUGUAAAGGACUUAUUUUAUUCAGAGCCAAGAUCAGCUAGUGGAAAGAUUUUCAUUUACGCAAGUAAUAAUGUUCAAAAAAUAGCUUUUUAAAAUAUAUACCAGUGUUUUCCUUACACAUGGCUUAGGGGGCAUUCAUUUCUCUAAUGCCAAAUCUGAAGGCACCAGCAAAUAUGAUGGAUGGAGACUGACGUUAUUUUACAAGACGUGACCUGGUUUGUGAUUAAAGAAGUUUCUUCACAUUACCA